AUGACCGAGAUGGACGUGGAUUCCCCACAGGAUGCGGUAGUGUAUGCGUCUGAGGACGCGGUGGGCGCCGUGAUGGCGGUUUUCCACCAAUUGGUGAGGGCACAAUCGACGCUGGAUUCGCGGUUCGUGUGGAGGGCGCUGAAGGAAUUGGCCCUUUUGCGGGGCCAAACGGGGGUUCUCUCGAGGGAGACGCUUAUUACGCUCGUGGAUACGGUGUAUCCGGGGGACUCACAGUUCAAGAAGCCGCUGCUCAGGUACGUGAACCAUAACGUGAAGACAGGGGUCACGGAUUCGCAGGGGAUCAGAGCUCAGUUGCCCGCGACGUUCUACCAAGUGGUGGACAACCAGAGUAGGAUCGAGGUCGCUCCGCUUGUGAACAGUUUUGUGUUUUUGCUCGUACAGUUGUACCUACUGGAUUCGGACCAGUUGGGGCCACUCAACGAGUUCAACUUGCAAGUGGUCAUCCCAAAGAUCCUGUACCACAACAACAACAGAUUGUUGGACCUCAUCAACGCGAAACUGUGGUUCUACUGCGUCAUCGCACAGGAGCGGCUCGGGUUGCCCGCUCAGGCAGCGGUUAGGGCAGAGAUGAUCAAGUUUGUGAAAGUGGCCACUUUGAAACAUGACAACGAAACGAAGGGGAUGCUCAUCAACUUGAUCCUUAGAAACUUCCUCGCUAGGGGCGAGGUCGAGCACGCUGCCGAUUUCGUCAACAAAGUGGAGUUCCCAAGCAACACCGUCUCGAGCCCACUCGAGGCAAGGUUCUUCUUCUACUUGGCGAAAAUAAUGGCCAUCCAACUGAAUUAUUCUUCGGCAAGCGAGUAUAUCGUCGCAGCCAUCAGGAAGGCGCCUCACAACGACAAGUCUCUGGGGUUUCUGCAGCAGGCAAAUAAGCUACAUGGGGUCAUCCAGUUGCUAAUGGGGGACAUCCCAGAACUGUCAUUUUUCCACCAACCCAAAUUAAGCAAGUCUCUUUACCUGUACUAUCAUCUGACAAACUCGGUGAAGAUCGGUGACCUCAAGAAAUUCACGAGCACAAUAACCAAGUAUAAGCAGCAGCUCAUCAAGGACGGUAACUACCAACUGUGCGUCAGGCUACGGUCCAACGUUAUAAAGACCGGUAUCCGGAUCAUUUCCUUGACGUACAAGAAGAUCUCGUUGAAGGACAUCUGCUUGAAACUGAAGUUGGAUUCAGAACAGACAGCAGAGUACAUGGUCGCUAGGUGCAUCAGGGACGGUGUCAUCGAGGCCAAAAUAAAUCACGAAUUGGGGUACAUCGAAACGUCAGAACUGUUGAACAUCUACGACACAACAGACCCGCAGGAAACUUUCAAUGAAAGAAUCAAUUUCGUCACCCAAAUGCACAACGAGAGUGUCCUUGCAAUGCGGUAUCCAGACGACGGCAAACUGAAGAAAAACGCACAGGAAGACUCCACAGAUGCAGAACUCAUCGAAGAAGUAUCUGACUUCUCAGACCUUGACGAUUUAGAAUUCUUGUAA